AUGUCGCCGAAGUCUCCGAAGUCUCCGAAAUCAAACUCGGGCCACCCGAAAAUUAUUGCCCGGGCUUGUCUUCUCUGCCGGAGCCGAAAGAUCCGCUGUGACACGGCUAGGCCGCGUUGCACAGCGUGCGCCAGCCAGAAUCGAGAAUGCGUCUACCACUUUGAGACGCCGCGGAAAAGACCAACGCUUGCCCAAAUCAAUGAAUUGCAACAAGAGCGAACUUCUCUCAAGUCCUUCAUAGCAGCUCUCAAAAAAGCAUCUACAGAGGAACGAGAUGUACUACUAUCGUCGACCUCGAUAGAGAGUGUGCGCUUCGAGGCACCACCAGAAGAAGCGAGUCAAUAUUCAAAGGCGUUGAUCGAAGGAAAUUAUUCCAGACAAUCUCCGCGCCGCGGUAGCUUAAUGAGUGUGAUUGACUCGGACGAUGAAGAUCUGGACGUGACACAGUUCAUUUCCAUCGAUGAAGCGGGCAACCCGAGUACUUUUGGUCCCUCAUCGGCAUUACAUGUUCCCACUAAUGGAGAGCAAGUCCUGCCCUCCGCCAAAAGCCAAACAUUGGAACACAGGAAGAACAGCCUAAUUGCCAAUGCAGCUCUACAACGACAGUCAGAACAUGAAUUUUCUCGAUUCACUGAUAUUGCGGGCGUGCCAAUACAGCUCGCCCUCCAUCUGUUAAAUGUGCAUUGGUCUCGACAGCAUCACACAUUCCUCUUGACCUACCGUCCCGCAAUUAUGCGCGAUCUGAAGACGGGCGGCCCGUACUCAUCGCCUUUUCUGCUUAAUGCCAUAUUUGCUUGUUCCAGCAAGUUCUCAGAAGAAAUGCAGCACCAAGACAACCCCUUCUUCGUUACUUGUGACAGGCUAAUUGCCGAGCAGGGUCUGCUCAUGAACCCCAGCAUUCCAACCGUGGUGGGACUCGUACUUCUCGGGUCGACAUACAAUGCACGUGGGGAUAUCUCCAAGUCAUGGCUGUUCACCGGGUACGCUCUGCGCAUGGCAUAUGACUUGGGGCUUCAUCUCGAUCCCCAAGAGACUACUGAUAAUGCUGAAGACAUUGAAAUUCGCCGACGUGUCUUCUGGGGCAUAUUUAUCUGUGACAAACUGCAGAGUCUAUAUCUAGGACGACCAGUUGGUCUCCAUCUCCGUGACACCCGUGUCUCCCGUGACUUUCUCGACACUUUCGAAGAAAACGACGUUUUCGUGUCCUCUGCGCCAUGUUCCUCGCCAAUAUACUCGGUUUCUGUUUUUCGACAGAUGUGCUCACUAUCAAAAAUUAUGGCUGUCAUCAUAGAUCGAUUUUAUGUGGUGGGCGCCACUUUCUCCAAUGCCCAUUCUAGCCUACAAAUGUUGGACUUCCAAGUCCAAGGCGAGAACCCCGGUUCGUAUCCAGCACCCAACGUGAUGAACUUGCAUGGCAUCUACCAUUCCCUUAUUAUUUUGUUGCAUCGGCCGUUUAUCUCAGAUGGCCAUCUCCGCUCAAGGACUGUACCACAACACUCUUGGGUCCAUUGCACUACGGCGGCGCAGAUGAUCUCCCACAUUGCCGAAUCCUAUAAAGCGGCGUAUGGCCUCUCCAAAGCACCUUACAUCCUCAGCUACGCCAUUUACGUUGCGUGUACAAUCCAUGUACGAAAUGCUGCCGGAGAAGUAACAGGGAGUUACGAGCAUGUUUCGCUCUUGCGAGCGGGACUUGAGUGCCUUAACAUCAUGUGCCAAGCAAAUCCCGGAAUCAGACGCCCCGUGAGCAUUAUUCGGAGGCUCAUUGCAGCAAAUAAGAUUAAUUUGGAUAUUGGUGAGUUUUUCCGAUACCCACACGCCGAAAGCAUUAUCUAA